UGCUGCUCUUCUUUGGGUUCUGUCACGGUGUCGGUGGUGCCCGGCUCACCGGUCCCCUCCCCCUUCCGGCGAGCGUGGUCGCCAGAGAGCUUCUCUCAGCCCUGCUCUGCGGGGUCCACAGCGGGGCGUGGGUGUCCGGCGGCAGCGGCGGCGAGCCCGUGGGCAGUGGUGGUUGGUCCAGUGCCUCCGGCCCCCGGUGCAGAAUGGCGGCGGCGGUUCGGAUGAACAUCCAGAUGCUGCUGGAGGCGGCCGACUACCUGGAGCGGCGGGAGAGAGAAGCUGAACAUGGUUAUGCCUCCAUGUUACCAUACAAUAACAAGGACAGAGAUGCCUUAAAACGGAGGAGCAAAUCCAAGAAGAAUAACAACAGUAGCAGAUCGACUCACAAUGAAAUGGAGAAGAAUAGACGGGCCCACCUUCGCUUGUGCCUGGAAAAGUUGAAGGGGCUGGUGCCACUUGGUCCAGAAUCAAAUCGACACACUACGUUGAGUUUAUUAACAAAAGCCAAAUUGCACAUAAAGAAACUUGAAGACUGUGACAGAAAAGCCAUUCACCAAAUAGACCAGCUUCAGCGAGAGCAGCGACACCUGAAGAGGCAGCUGGAGCAGCUGGGCAUCGAGAGGAUACGGACGGACAGCACCGGCUCCACCGUCUCCUCCGAGCGCUCCGACUCCGACAGGGAAGAGAUCGACGUGGACGUGGAAAGCACAGACGAUCUCACGGGCGACCUGGACUGGAGCAGCAGCAGCGUGAGCGACUCGGACGAGCGGGGAAGCACGCAGAGCCUGGGCAGCGAUGAGGGCUACUCCAGCUCCAGCAUCAAGAGGAGGAAGCUCCAGGACAGUCCCAAGACGCGUCUCGGUCUCUAGGAGAGCGUGGUCGCCUCGGCUGCCGCCCGGAUGGUCCUGCCCGUCGGCUCCGAUUAGGUAGCGUGUCGGACCUGCCCACGAUUCCCUCGCACGUCAGCUUCCGUGUUCCACCGUCACCAAAAGCAGCUGUGCAAAAGUUGUCAAGGAAGUGCUUAGGAGUGUGGGUUUCUUUUUCUUUUUUUUUUUUUCCUUUUUCUUUUUCUGUUCUUUUCUUUUUUUUUUUUUGAUCCCCGAUCCCCAUCUUGCAUGGGGUUGAGCGGGCCCCCGCGCCUGCUGGCGUAGGGUAGGCACACGCUGAGCGAGUCAGUGCAGCCUGCACACCUGAGGUCAUCACAGACCCCUUAUUGCGCAGUCUGGGGUGGCUGAAUGCCACUCGUCCCUCUAAGAAGUUGGGGGACGCCGACCAGGAUUGUGGGUUUCUGAUUGCAUCCUCUGGCUUCUCUCUUUCUCUCCAUAAAAAUUCGUCUCUGACAGACUGUACAUUCCAAUCACUUUGAAGCACCCAAAAAUUCUUAGAUGGGAUAAGCACUCACAUCUCGGCAAUUUCCCCCUCUUAUUUACUGUCCCCGUGUAGUCUACCAGACCUUCCUUGAAGUUUUCUGGCUUCCUCUGUGACUUGCCUAGCAGAAAUGUCCGAAUGUGUCUUGUGCUUGGGAAACUGAAGGAAACAAACUUUUAAAGUUGAGAUCCUGAUCUCAGAACUCCAAAGUAAGCUUUGAAAGUGGGAUUUAAGAGCGCUUAACCAUGGCCCUCACCGCCCGUGAGCAGGCAGGAAUACCUCCAGAAAACACACCCUUCACACACGUCCCGCGCCAACGCCCCCGACCCGCGUGUGGACGGCCGCAGUAUCUCUCACUCUCAAACGGACACCUUGCGAGCAUGUCUUUGGGGUGGCACAGCUUAUAAGAGUUCCAGCAUCGUUUGUUCUCACGAACAAAACGGUACAGUCUAUUUUUGUGCGCUGUCCUUGGGACCGUGCCGUGUCCUGCUCUCCCAAGGCACAUUUCCCCUCCAAGUUGGCUAUGCUCCUUGUCUCUGGAACAUUUUUUUUUCCUACCUCAGAGAUAAAUGAGAUCUCCAUUUCCCACUUAACACAAACUGAUUAUGCCUCUUUUUGUUUGUUUUUGUUUUUGUUUUUUCCCCAAAUAAGUGACAUUUGGUCCAAUUCUAAUCUAUUUUCCUGUUUAACUUUCAGCAAUAACUGAGCUUUGGCACUAGCUGAGCUAGUGUCCAUCAUCAGUGAAAGGAAAAGUCCACAUUUCUGCUCUCUGUUGCAGGUGAACGGGAGGGGAUGGUACAGUGUGACUACAAUUCCUCUCCUUAUUGAUUAUUUUUGGACACACCCAGAAACUUCUUUAUGGAGGCUUUUGGGUUAAUAGUUUAAAAGGCUGAUUUUUCUUUUUGGUUAUGAUUUCUCCCUUAAGUGGUCUCCCACUUUGUAGCAUUUUUAUUUAAGCUAAAACAGAGCACAUGUAUAUGUACAUAAGACACAUUAAAUCUAUAAAUACUAUUUAUUCAUUUUAUAUAAACUAAUGUAAUGGAAAAAAAAUUCUUAUGACUGUGCUUUUAUAGAUGUUCUAGAAACUUUGUAUGUAGGUAUCUACAGAAUUGGUUCAUUUCCCCUUAAUACUUUUGCAUUCAUAGUUUUGAGGUCUCAAUGUUUUCAGCCUCUGGUGAAUCUUUUUCAUUGAAUUCGAACCAUUUGUAAAACCUGUGACGCUGAAACAGAGCGUGUGUCACAAAGUGAUGAGAACAUUCCUAAAAUCCACAGCCGCACUGCAACUUAAGGGCUCCCUGGCUGAACCAGUAGCGGCAGCGCCUGUGCCCGCCGUUGGCCUGUGGUCUCCCCGGGCCCAGCCUCACGCCCUCAGCGCCUCUUCCUUGCCCACGACUAAAAGUUCAAGCGCGCUCCCCACGGAAGCUCAUUCUAGACGUGAAGAGCAGUCGAAACAAAGAUUACUUUUGUGUUUAUUUUUUCUUUUUAUUGAUUUCUUAAUGUAUUAAAAUUUUUUAAUUGGAA